AUGACUGACAAGCCUUCUCCAAUCUUGAGUGAAAAGCCAUCUCCCAUCAUGACUGAGAAGCCCUCUCCAAUCUCGAGUGACAAGCCAUCUCCCAUCAUGACUGAGAAACCCUCUCCAAUCUCGAGUGACAAGCCGUCUCCCAUCAUGACUGAGAAGCCCUCUCCAAUCUCAAGUGAUAAACCCUCUCCCAUCAUGACUGAGAAGCCCUCUCCAAUCUUGAGUGACAAGCCGACUCCCAUCAUGACUGAGAAGCCCUCUCCAAUCUUGAGUGACAAGCCCUCUCCCAUCAUGACUGAGAAGCCCUCUCCAAUCUUGAGUGACAAGCCGUCUCCCAUCGUGACUGAGAAGCCCUCUCCAAUCUUGAGUGACAAGCCGUCUCCCAUCGUGACUGAGAAGCCCUCUCCAAUCUGGAGUGACAAGCCGUCUCCCCUCGUGACUGAGAAGCCCUCUCCAAUCUGGAGUGACAAGCCGUCUCCCCUCGUGACUGAGAAGCCCUCUCCAAUCUUGAGUGACAAGCCGUCUCCCCUCGUGACUGAGAAGCCCUCUCCAAUCUGGAGUGACAAGCCGUCUCCCCUCGUGACUGAGAAGCCCUCUCCAAUCUGGAGUGACAAGCCGUCUCCCCUCGUGACUGAGAAGCCCUCUCCAAUCUGGAGUGACAAGCCGUCUCCCCUCGUGACUGAGAAGCCCUCUCCAAUCUUGAGUGACAAGCCGUCUCCCAUCGUGACUGAGAAGCCCUCUCCAAUCUUGAGUGACAAGCCGUCUCCCAUCGUGACUGAGAAGCCCUCUCCAAUCUUGAGUAACAAGCCCUCUCCCAUCAUGAUCAUGAUUCCUCCUACUAGCUGCUGCACUCAGAUCUGCUCAGGUGGGGGAGACCUUUCCUAG